AAUAUAACGGACAUUCGCGUAUUAUUUGGAUCUUUUAAUGAAGUUAGUUAUGUUGAAUUACACGUAGAGUACAGUUGAACAUAAACUGUCAUACAAAUAUAGACAUCGUUAUAUGAGGGAUUCACCGCUAGAGGCCGCCAGUGUCCACAUUACGAACACCUCGGGAGUCUCCAUGGAAACAUCACCUGCUAAAACAAUGGCUCAGAAGUCGGUUAUUAGAGCUAUUCGAGGAAAUGCCAAGUCUUUUGAUUUAUCUGGUAAAGCGAUCACCAGCGUGCCAACAUUGAUUUCGGAAAUUCAAAAUCUGUGUGUCCUACGUCUACAGAAUAACUUGAUUAGAGCCCUGCCCGAAGAGCUGACGUCCCUAUAUAAUCUGACUGAACUCCAUUUGAGUAACAAUGCCUUCGGAGAGAUCCCGUCGGUUUUGGGCCACAUUAAGUGGUUGAAGAAGCUGUAUCUGUCCGGUAACCGAAUCACGGCCCUGUCGCCACUAGUCUGUGCUGGUUUGGGAAAUCUUGUUGUCCUCAAUCUGAACCACAACAAGAUUCAACAUCUUCCGCCUGAGAUUAAAAGUUUGGCUAAACUUGAGCGUCUCACCAUGACUGACAACAAACUGGAAGCUCUUCCUCCAGAGUUUGGACAGCUCUCUAACCUGAUCCAACUGAACCUGAGCAGAAACCACUUGUCCUGGCUCCCUGGGGAGCUGUACAGCUGCAGAGAGCUCACUAGGUUGUAUGUGGCCAGAAACCGAAUAAAGGUUCUUCCAGAGGGUAUCAGGGCAUUAGCAAAGCUGAAGACUCUAGACGUUGCUGGAAAUAAACUGUCCAUGUUCCCUGUUGAGUUUCAUAUGCUGCCACUGCAAGAACUUUAUUGUGAAGGGAACCAAUUUGUCCAGCAACUACCAAUAACUUCUGUGCAGGUUAAAACCGUUUUUUCACUAAAGGAGCUGGCCGCUAGAUUGGUGCUGUUGGAGGACAGAAACAAGCAUUCUAAGGUCCAUAGGGCCCUUCCUCUCUACCCCUACCUGGAGGCUAUAUUAGCUGGCUGGGGCCACUGCCCUCUCUGUCUGGGCCCAAUCCUCAACUUCUGGUUAGAGUGUGUGCACUUUCUCCGUGUAAAAAAGGGCAUGAAAAUGAGUUUGCGGACCGUUCCGGUGAGAGCUGUACUAUGUUCAUACGAGUGCUUCAACAGGGAAGGCCACUCCUACUAUGGCGUCUCUUUGCAUAGUGAUGAGAACUUAUGCCAACCUAUGCAAAGAUGGUCACUAGAGGGCAGUAGAUAACCACCGCAGCGCGUCAGAAAACAACAUAGAAUGUAUAUGAGCAAUAAUACAGCAUGUACAACACAAAUUGGUCACCUAAUAUCAGUUUUUAGUUUUGUAUACUUGCCUUUUUAUUUGGGCAAUGACUAUUUUUUUAAAAAUAAAUCAAUAAUUAGAAAUGAAAA